CUGAGAACGUGAAAAGUUGAUUUAUUUCAGUUCCUUCUUCAAUUGCCAGUGAGCCAGACGAUUAAAUUGAAAAGGGGGGAAAUGGCGCAAACUGUUAAUAGAACGUGUGGAGGAUUGAAAUUAUGCUACAAAUUUGAACAGAGCAGUGAAAAUAAUUAAUUUUAGAAAAAAUCGGAGUGAUUUGAAGGUGCUCUGCUAAAAGGGUGUAAUUUAUAAACAAGAGCAAAGUGAAAAAGGAAUAUUGUGUAGAGCCGAAAUGAGCAUCGAUUGAAAUAGAUAGAUGAAGAAAGAAGUAUGAAUGAAAAACCGAAUGUGUUGAGCGAAGAAAAUUAGUAAAGUGACGAUUAUGAGUUCAUAAAAAGUGUAAAGUAAAAGUGGAAUAAAAAUUAUUAAAGUAUAAAAAUGAAAAAUACAUAAUUGAAAAGUUAAGUGUGUAAAGUGUGAACCAAAAAUUAUUUAAACGUAUUGAACCGAAGAGUGGUAUGCAAUGGAAGAGAAGAGAAGGCGAAAAGUGCAAAACGUAUGUGAGAAGAAUGCAAACGUUGAAAAAAUUAAGAGCCUGAAGAAACAACAAUAAUAAAAACAACUAUAAGCAGCAAACAAAAAGCAAAAACAUUAGCCAGCGAAGCAGAUCCCCAAUAUCACCACCACCAAUCACUCGAUUCCAUAUAAUAGUAAAGAACACCUGUACACACACACACACAUAUACAUACAUAUACGCAUAAUUGAGUUAACACACCAAAAAUUGAAGAAAUAAUACACGUACAUACAUACAAAAACAAUUAUAUCGUAAGGAAAAUGAAAUGAAGUGAAAACAAAAAAAAUUAGUUUUAAAAGUGUAAUAAGUAAAAAGUUAGAAAAAAGUACAAAUUACAACGAUAAGAUCAUCAAAACAACAACAAUAUAAGAAAUCAGCACAUUACACCGUAGAGCGUGUCACAAGCGUUCGUCAGCGAUCGGUGCUCAUAUGAUCAGCAACGAAAACAUCCGAGCUGAGGUUCAACAGUACAGCCUUGUGAGAGCAAAAGAGAGCGUGUGAGCGCCAUUUCCACCAGUCCAACGCGAGCGUGUAUGCGCAAACGCUGAAACACCACCACCCACCAAAACACACCACAACUUCGUCUGGCCCUGAGCACUUUCCGAGCACAUCUAUGCGCACGCUACCAACUGAAUCCUCUGCGCAAUAGUUAACCUGCAGCCGAGACACUGCGUUACCCUGUUCCUCGUCAGGUGCAUCUUAGCGCUGUGUGCCGCUUUACAACAACAACAAUCAUAACUGGAGCGCUUUGCUUUUUGUCGCCACGCUGUGUGCUCGCCGACAACAUUAUUGCCUUCUUGGUGGUGUUGGUGGCGGUGUGCCGUCGGUAUUGUCGUUGGUGUUGAUUGUCGUAGACGGUGCAGGUAUUGGCAAGUUGGCAGGCAGUUCACAACGUGAGUGGUUAAUUGAGGACAGGCACCGUAGACUGACACGCGCCCAUCGCUGUACCAACGCACCCGUACGCCCGCACGCCCAAUAGUCCAACAGCCCGCUCGUACAACUCUCACACACAUACACUCUCAUCUAAAACGCAUUGUAACGUAAUCAAUAUAAUAUAAAAUAGAAAACAAAAUUAACCGUAAAAAGCAUCAAAAUCAUCAUAACAACAACCAUAACAAUUACUGCCCAUUGGCUGCCUAGCUGAUUGGCUGGCUGUGCGACGGCCGCCAACGACUACAACAUUGCAGCGCUCGAAAGAAACGCAAUAUGGCAACACCGCAAGUCAAGGAUUUGGUGUUGCGUUCUCCUGCUGGCUCCUCCGAAGUCAUCACCUUCGCUUGGCCCCUACAAGUUGGCAGCGGCCAGGACAAGCACGACAAUGGCAUCGAUAUUAUCGACACGAUCAAAUUCGUGUGCGAAGAAUUGCCGAGCAUCUCAUCCGCAUUCGAAGAGAUUAAUCUCAAUCAAAUUGACACUGCCUGCUACAAGACUAUGACAAAUCUUGUCGAUCGAUUCAACAAGGCUGUUGACAGUAUUGUUGCAUUGGAAAAAGGAACUUCACUGCCCGCUGAGCGUCUUAAUAAAUUCGCUCAUCCCAGCUUACUCAGACAUAUACUGCAAUUAGUUUAUAAUGCUGCCGUACUCGAUCCGGAUAAACUCAACAAUUACGAACCAUUCUCGCCCGAAGUCUAUGGCGAAACCUCAUACGAACUCGUCCAACAGAUGAUCAAGCAUGUGAAUGUGACAAACGAUGACACAUUCAUUGAUCUCGGCUCCGGUGUGGGCCAGGUGGUAUUACAAAUGGCUGGCUCAUUUCCGCUCAAAGCAUGCGUGGGCAUUGAAAAAGCCGAUACGCCCGCACGUUAUGCCGAACGUAUGGAUAUGUUUUUUCGUCAAUUUAUGGCGUGGUUCGGCAAACGCUAUUGCGAUUACAAGUUGAUAAAAGGCGAUUUUUUGGUCGAUGAACAUCGCGAGAAAAUUACUUCAUCGUCGUUGGUGUUCGUAAAUAACUUCGCAUUUGGUCCGAAUGUGGAUCAUCAGUUGAAGGAACGUUUCGCCGAUUUACGUGACGGUGCACGCAUUGUGUCUUCGAAAUCGUUUUGUCCGCUGAAUUUCCGCAUUACCGAUAGAAACCUCAGCGACAUCGGCACCAUAAUGCAUGUGAGCGAAAUACCACCACUAAAGGGUUCGGUCUCGUGGACCUGUAAACCAGUAUCGUACUAUUUGCAUACGAUCGAUCGUACGAUAUUGGAGCGUUAUUUUCAACGCUUAAAAACUCAAAAAGGUGCUGAAAACGAUCAUGUCGGCUCCACACGCACCACACGCGAUCGUGCCAAACGUGAGGCGCAUAAUCACGCGCUCAAUAAUCACCACAACCAUCAUCAUCAUAACAACAACAACAACAGCAACAGCAACAGUAAUACGCACUCAAACUCCUCCGCCGCCAAUUCGUCGUCCACGAAUACAACCCACAACAACAGCAGCAGCAGCAACAGCACGCAACGCACCAAUUCGCCGGCGGCGCAUGUCAGUAACAACAGCAGUCACGCGCAACAGUCGAACGCAACGGCAACAACGACGACGUCGUCGGCUGCAACGUCCAAGACUACGAGAAAUCAACAACAUCAACAACAACAACGUGAACAGCAGCAAGCACAACGCAACAACUUGGACAUGGACACAUCGACAGAGAGCGAAGCUGAAGGCGACGUGGCAAAUGGCAGCGCAACCGGUGGCACCGCCAACGGACCGACCACACGCAAAAUCUGGUCCGACUGGUGCAGCAGCUCGAAGGGCAAGUCGUCGCAAUCCGACGAUGAGGAGAAUAAUAAUAACUUUAGAAAUACCGUCACGGCGACGGCGCGUAAUGCACGCACCGUUCCACAGAAAAAGCGCAAAAAGCUUACGCGCAAGGCGGCAAUUGCCAGCAAGAGCGCAGCUGCAGCGGCAGCGCAACGAGAAGCGGCAGCUGCUGCACGUGAGGCGGCAGCGCAAGAGGCCGCAAUGGCAGCCGCUGCGGCGAACAGCAAAGACUCCUCGUCGAAGGAGGAUGGUGGCGCUGGUAGUGGUGGUGGCGGGGCACGCGGUCGCAAAGGCCGCAUGAAGAAGGGUGCACGCGGACGCAAAUCUUUAAAGAUCGCUGGUUUGGAUGUGCUGCACAAGCAGACGCUGUUGAGUACGUCGCACGAGGUGUUGAGCAAAAAAUUGCCAGCGGCGCCAGGCUGUGUGGAUCAACAGCUGACGUCACUGCUCACGCGCAAUAUGACACAUACGGAGCUGGAAAUUCCGGAGGCGCCCCAGGAUACACCUUACGCGCUACAAAUUUUAUUGGAUGUCUUCCGUACGCAAUACAUGGCUAUGAUCGAGCAGAUGAAGGCGAAAUCGUUUGUGCCAAACAUUAAGCGUCAAAUACAAUUAGAACAGGAGCGCAAACAACGCAUUAAGAAUCGCGCCAGUCAGCUGGACAAGCAGAUCAAGGUGCUGAUCGAUGACAGCGUAAUGUUGCUGAAGGCGCGCAUGAAUGAGUUGGGCAUCAAUGUCACCUCUCCCAAUGAUCUGAUCACAAAGGCUAAAGAGAUUGUCGGUCGACAUAAGGAGUUGCAAGGUAUAGCAAAGAAAAUCCAAUCGCAAGUGACGACCUGUGAAUUGGAGCAGAAACGUUUGUUGAAGAAGCACCUACAGCAUUUACCGGAAUAUCAGAAGACUUGUGGCACUAAUGGACGCACCAAGGUUGAGCUGCCGAAUGGCGGCAACGCAAUUGACCUGAGCGAAACUGCUGCGCACGAAUUGGUGCUGAAGGAGAUCGCCAAUACAUUGGCGCAACGUAAAAAGUUAUACGCGCAAGUGUCAAGUAUUGAGAAAGAGGCGGCGCUCUUGGAGAAAGCAGCCGAAGAGCGGCGCACAGCAGCAGCGCUACUUGCGCAGGGCACCAAUAUGACAUUAGCUAACACAGCAGCAGUAUCAAAUAGUGCGCCAACAAUGAUGCCCGCCACGCUGAUAUCGGCAGGUGCAAGCGGCGUCACACAACCGCUGCAGUUGACGACGACAAGUGGCGCGUCGGCAGGCAGUAGUGCAGUAUCGAGUAGUGCACCCACAACGCCAAGUAAAUCCGCGACAAACGCGACAUCAAAAACACCGCGUCGUAGUCGCGAUCAUCGUACGCGUUCGCAGGAGUGGCCUGAUGUACCGGACGUAGGCAAAAUAGAGGAAAGUAAUCCAGAAGUGUUAGCACAAAAGAUACUGGAGACAGGGCGUCAAAUCGAAGCGGGUAAAUUUUCAGCCGCGACUGGCACAGGAAAUGCAUACACCAACGCUAUGGCCAGUGCUGGCGUUGCCAGUGGCAAGCAACUGGCCUUGCCGACAACAGCGCACCACCAGCAUCUCAACAAUAACAAUAUAGCGCAAUAUCAUGAUGAGGUUCUGACGACACCGUCAAAGAAGAAACAGCAUGCGCGCAGUUCGAGCAACGAACACCUACCGUCGGUGUCUAUUUAUGUGGCCGACAGUAACCUGAUGCCGGCGCCUACAGCAGCCAAUAAGCAGCAGCCGCAACAGCAAUCCUCUCCCGUAAAUGGUAACGGAUUGCGUGGUGUUGCCGGCUUACUGCCGAAAUGCGAGUUGCCUGGCGCGCGUAAGUCGUCAAUGUCCGCCGCUGCUUCCGGUGGCAUACAGGAAUCACCUAAAGUGGCCAACUUCGAAGAUCGCCUUAAGAGUAUCAUCACCUCUGCGUUGAAUGAGGAUCAAGAACAUCGCAAAGCUGCCGCGCAUCAUAUGCCCGGCUCAUCAGCCGGCCAUGACUUGAGCCUUCACUCAUCAACACAGUCGUUAGUGUCGCAACAACCGGGUUCGCAUCAAUCAUCGCCGGCGCCAAAACGCAGUAAACACACUGCGUCAGCGUCUUCUAUGAACAACAUAAAUCAGCAGGCACACCCACACCAGCAAAUGCAAAUGCAUCACCAACAACACCCACAUCAUAAUCAUUUGCCGCCGCUACCACCACAGGCCAUGCCGCCAAACAAUCUGAGCAACCUCAUUACCGUUGCCACUCAGGGCCCAACACAUUUAAAUGCUACCACCACCAUAUCACCAAUAACACCACCGCCGUCCAUUGGCAACAGCCAAUAUGGCAGCAGCGGUGUUGGCGCCGGAAAAUAUGGUGGCGGCAAGCAACAGUCUUCCGCUGCGACUGGCAGCCAUAAAGGCAGCGCUGCCAAGUACCAGCAACAACAGAAUAAUGCGCACUUACAGCAGCAGCAACAACAACAACACAUGACACACUUACAACAACAACACCAGCAACAACAACACGCACACUUCGGCUCGGCCGCGGGUGCUGGCACUUCACCAGCCGAUCUGGCCUUCCAUCAUCGCCGCCGCAGCUCUGUAAGCGCAGCCAGUUUCGAACAUUACGCUGCACAGCAGCAACAACAACAUCAGCAAGCAAUGAUGAUGGCUGCCGCAGCAGCUGCAGCGGGCAGCGCGUCAUCACAACACCUCGCCAGCGCCAAUCACCAACAUCUAAUGCCACCGCUCGAAUUCAAAGCGCCCACCGUUACCGCAGAAAAUCUCAUAUUGAAUGCGUCGCAACGUUCCAACAGUCGCGAACAACUCGUCGAGGAAGUGGUGGUCGCACCACGUUCCAGUUCGGCCAACUCCGAUUCGGCCAUUAUGUACUACCCACCGACACGCGAUCGCCUAAUGUCGCUAGAGCGCAGCAAUAGCCGCGAAUCCGCGGUCUCGCAACCGUUGCCGCCACAUCAUACGAACAGUGGCAGUGGCGGCAGUAGCGGCCAACAAAUGUUGCCUCAACCCAGCCGGCCAAGCUCAAACUCAUCACAGCCAGAUUAUACACAAGUUUCACCGGCAAAGAUGGCGCUUCGUCGCCACCUCUCACAAGAAAAACUUAAUCAACAAAUGCCGCCUGCUGGCGCUAUGUCCGGCUUGCCGCUAUCCACAAAAACCAUUGGCGAUCUGGUGAAUGGUGAAAUCGAGCGUACGCUUGAAAUAUCGCAUCAGAGCAUUAUAAAUGCGGCGGUGAAUAUGAGCACAGUUGGUGCCCCACCGCCAAUUACCGGCGCCACUAACGUCGGUGCCAACAAUUACAUGGACCGCGCCGCGCACGAUCGUUUGCUAAUUAAUCCGAAUGCGCAACGUCCCGAGCGCGUGCACGUGCGUGUGUUCGAUGAGCAAACGCCGCCCACACAUGUGCAAGGCAACGCUGUCGACGUGUCGCCACGCACUAUUGGCACUGGCAGUGGGCGAAAGUCGCCGUCGGCAACGCCAACGCAGUCCUCACACAAUAUGUCUUCGCUGGGACAUGUCGCAUAUAAUCACAAGACUGCGACUGGUGGCACAGCAACGGCAGUGCCUCCUAAUGGUGGUCGCGUCAAUAACAGUAGCGGUGGCUACAACCCCUCACUCUAUCAGCAAAUGACGAUGGGUGGCAGCAGCAAUGGUAGGGAAGCGACGACUGCCCGUCUUGCUGCUAGCGGUAAUGUUGGCGGUGCAGUAAGCGGCUCGCGCAGUCGCGACUACCAGCCGGUUAGCUUACCACGCGCCGAAAUGAAGGGCUGCAUCGAGGCGUAUUUCAAUGAUGAGCAACAUCAGCAGCAGCAGCAGCACCAACAACACCAGCAGCAGCAACAACAGCAUCACAAUCAUCAAACACACUCGCACAAGGCAAGCAGCAAGGAGCGCAACAAUGGACGCGGGAAUCGUUUGAACGGCAGCAAUCCACCAUUGGAGGGUCUGGCAGCUUCACUGCAGGAUCACGUUAUGGCCUCGCGCAAAUACAAGGAAGAACAUGAAGAGCGCCAACGGCGGGCUGCCGCAGUGUCCAGCGACAUGCAUAAUCAACACCAUCACCAACAACACCCUCACCAGCAGCAACAACAGCAACAGCAAUAUGCGCAUGGCCAGCAGCACCACUAUCAAGCACAGGCGGCACAUGGUCACAACAACAACGCCACCCCCAAUAAGGUGGAAAUCGGCGUGAAACGCACUUCGCCCAUGGCAAAUAAUCAGCAGCCACGACCCGCUAAGAUGGCCCACUACAACGACAAUGCCGUUGCGCAUAACCAGCAACUGCAUCAACAUCAGCAACACCAUCUAAGCAACAGUAAUCCAUACGCCAAUAUGAAUGGCGUUAGCAGUAGCAGCAACAGUGGCGCCAUCUCAUCAUCGGCGACAGGUGCACAAACACAACCGCAGUCCUCACUGUCGCCAUCUUGUCGACGCAAUGCGAAAUUGCCACUCGAACCGCUGCUAAUGAGUCCGGAAAUCAACUCGAUAAUGAGCGGUGGCGCUGCUGCUGGCGGCGAUGAGCGCCCCUUGCAGUUGUCAGCAACGGCAGCAAAAAUGUCGCGCCAACAGCAGCAGCAGCUACAACACGAACAGCAAUCACGCACAGCGACCACGCCGCAUAGUACAACACCAAUCGUGGGUGGACGCGCCGGUGAUGAUGAUGAUGUCAUCGCCGACGAUGAAACACACUGGCAACAUCGGGUCAGCUCCGGCUUCGAUCGCCUAGUCGCCUUCGCCUCCACCGAAUUGGAUAAGACGCGUCGCUCUAUUGACACGGACAUAGUGCCGUCGUCGAUCAGCUGCAACACCUCGCCCGAUUCGGGUAUUACCCACAGCAGCAGCAGCAAUUCAGAUACGGCGCGCACAUUUCUCUCCACCUCGUCGACAUCCUCGCAACUGGACAUGCCCAUGAGUAGCGGCGGCAGCAGCGCUGGUAGCACCAGCAGUUCCAGCGGUUGUAGUGUGAGUGGCGCUAGUGCCAGCUCCGGCGGCAGCGGUGUCAAUAGCUACAUGCAUGGACACCUACACCAUCAUCAUCAUCAUCAUUCGUUGUUGUUGCAUGCGCAUGGCAAUGGCGGUGGCGGCACCGCUAGCAGUCACGCUUCAUCAUCAGAUCACCUCAGCGAUAGCAGCAUGAAAUCAACGCAUUCCGAUGUCGCUUCUAUGCCGCCGAUAACGCUGCUGAAGGCGAACUCGGCAUCACCGGUUGACGCGAGCGCCAUUGAUAGUCCGCCACUCUCUGAUAUCGGCUUGCCGCGCACACCCAGUCCGAAUGCGGCCGUGCCGACGCCUCCCUUGGCCGCAGCUAUGGCGGCAGCGCAUAGUGUCACACCGACACCGACACCAACACCACCGGCCAGCGCCGCUGAUCCCUAUGGCAAUAAUACACUCAAGAUACCCUUAAAAUAUCAACGCAAAUCGAAGUCGUCAUCGGAGAAGCAUUAUAAGAAGAAAUUCUGCGAACGCAAUUGGGAAUACGAUUGUGAUGAUCUGUUGAUGCCAUAUGCGAAUAAUAACAGUAAUGAUGCCAGCAACAACACUCUGAUUGAGGGUUGUACAGCAAACGAUGCGGUUGGCAAAGGAAUGGCUGGCGUAAUGAAAAAUGGUCCCACAUCAUUUGCUAAAACGAAUGGCGGCGAGACGAAGAAAUCCCAUCAAACGAGUCCUGAAAAAUCGCCAAAGCGUCAGCAACAACAACAGCAACAGAAUUCUUCCGAGGUGAAUACUAAAUCCGCCGAAACACUCAAUCAUAAUCACAACAGCAACAACAAUCUGUCAUCGACUACAUCGGCGACGACGGCGACAAUGCAAAAUCUUUCGCAGCACCACCAUCAUCAUAAGUCGUCGAAAUUUCGACCGAAAGGCAAGGAUUGGGACUGGUCCAUGGAUAGUAGCAACAGCAGCAGCAAUGUGAACAUCAAUAGCGGCGUCACUGGCGGCAACAGCAGCGGCACCAAGUGCAAAGCGGACGCAGGCGCCGCAGCAGCGUUAUCUGUAGCCACGCCCACAACAACCAAUGUUAGUUAAGUUGAAAGUGUUGCAUAAUUUUUCGUUAUUUUUUUGUUUGAAUAUUUAUGAACUUGUUCUGAGCACAUGACACUUGCAGCCCCUACAUAAUCGGUCGUCUGUUGGCAGCAAUUGGCAAAUCAAUAGCAACUAAUGUUAAUUUAUAUAUUUAUUUUGUAAUUUACAUAAGAUAAAAAAUGGUUUAAUUGUAUCAUAAAUUUCGUUCUCGUUGAUCGCUAUUAAUUUUACUGUUAAGUUAUAAAUUUACUACAGGUACCACGCUGCUUAUUUCAAUUAAGUAAAAUUUUUUGUCCCAAGUGAAAAAUAACCUACAAUUUGUACAGUUAUUUAAACGUAAACUUACUCGUUAAUUUAACAUAUUUUUUUAAUAAUUUUUGGAUACUUGACUGAGUGUAUUCAAGCUACUUGUUAUUCUUUUUUUUCAAAAUGUGUUGCCUGAACUUUUAAAAUUCAAUUGCAAAAUAUGAAAUAUUUGAAAAGCAUGAGGAGUGUAGUGUUUAGAGGAACGCCCUAACUCUCCUAAAAAACUGGGUUCGAUUACAACAUCCGACUGACAUCUAAUAACAUUUUUUAACAUCUGACAAAACCUCUUGUUUUAGAACAGGUUUCGACCACAGCUGUAUUUUCGAAGCUCCAAAGACAGACAGUUUUGACAGAAUGCAACGCCACAUCAACGACUUUUAAGACGUACUGUGUAUGAGGUGUGUUCAAAAAAUAGCGGGAAUUUUAAAAUUUAAAAUACUUGGAACAUUUUUGUACUAUGUUGAAUACAUGCUGUUGGACAAUCCCGUUAUUUGUGUACACAACUCGUAUAUUAGUUGUCUUUUGAACUCACUGACGUACAAUAAGUUUCCUUUUCAUUAGGGUCUUUUCACACAGUUUGGCAGUUCCUAAACCCAGCUUACAACCCUGUGGAGGGAUGGUUCGCCUUCAAACGGAUGUUCUUCGGUCACCCAGAGGAUACUUGGUUUAAGACCGGAAGUCGUGUGCCGCUUAAACCAUAUGUAAAAGAAUCGUUUCUGACCAGUACCAAGUGUAUGGCGCUUUGAGAACUUUUCUCACUGCGUAAGCGAUGUCUAUGCCAAUAAAGAAGAGAAGAGAAGACAUAAAAUAUUUUCAUAUUUUGCUUUAAAUUUAUAAAAUUUCAAAUUUGAAACUAAACUUCUAUUGAAAUAUUUGCAAUAAUUUGUUUAUUACUUUUUUUGUUGAAAAAUAGUUUUAAUUAAUAUUUUAAUUUUUUGUAUUAUAUUUUUUGAAAUUGUAUUUUAUUUUUCUAAUAUCAACCGUUGUUCAUUUGAUAACUUACUAUGCGCUAUAGCUCGCUUAAGUUUUCUGCAUAAGAAAAAGCUUUGAAAGUGUAAGUUUUUUCUUUAGUCUGUGUAUGUGAAGAAAAAGUUUUUAAUUUCCAAUUUAACGUUUGGAAUAUGAAAAUUACAACAACAACACGCGCCAACCACUUCGUGCAUGGUAAGGUAACUGAACGAUGUUUUUUCAUUAACAUAAGAUUUUGACAAAAAUUGUUAUUUUUUAAGUUUUUUAUAAAUUAAAUUAAACUUUAUUAAUGUAAUUUUUUUUAGUUUUAUUUUAAUUAUUUUUUGAAUGUAAUAAUUUUAUUUAUUUUUUCUAAAUUAAUUAUAAUAAUUUUUUUUUUAAUUUUAAUUAUUACAAAUUUUUUUUUAAUUAAUAACUUUUUUUAUCAUAAUAUUUUUUUUAGUUCUCAUUUUUUAGUUUUAUUUUUAUUUCUCACCGCGUGGCGGUUUUAAGAAUUACUUUUACUAAGUUCACUUAAAAAAUAAUUUGUCAUGCUUAAAUUGUAUUAUAUUUUUUGAACACUUUGUUUAUUUUUUCUGCUGGUUUUAUAUUUGUUGAUAUGAAAUGUUUUUUCACACAGUUUGCUUUGCACAGUUUAAAAUUUUUAUUUAAAAUUAUUUGUUAAACUCUAUAAUAAAACUUAAUUAUUAAUAUACUAAAUUUGUUUAUUUUUUUUAAUAUUUUGUUGCAUAGUGUAACAACAUUUGCCACAUUUUAAUUUGUGACCAAUUAAAGAAAUAUUUAAUAAAACGAAAUUUAAAUUACAAUGCUGAUUUACUUUAAAUUUAACAUUUUUAUAAAAGAAAUUAUUAAAAUUAGUGAAAUUUUGUUGUUAAAUAAGUCUGAGGGUAAAACAAACCAUUUUUUUGGGAAAAACAAUUUCAGCAACUGCAACGAACGCAUUGAAAACGAAGCUUUUGCGCUGAAUUGCUGAUAAAAAAAUUUAAAACAAAUAAGUAAGGCAUACUUUUUUGCAAUAAUUUUUUAUUUUUUGCUGUUUUUUUUUUUGAAAUUGUUAAGCGACGACAGAUUUUAUGCACAUGCGCAAAGGCAUAACGUUAUGUAUAUAUAUAAGUAAUUUUAGAUUUAAAAACCGAAAUAAAGGAAAACAAUUUUAGCAUGGAAAAAUGUAUGCAAGGGGAAGCUAAAACAUUUAUUGUAUAUUAAAUGAUAAAAACAAAAUAAAAAAUGUUAAAAUUAAAAAAUGAGUUAAGCGCAACACAGGCAAUGCAACGGUAAAAAGUUAUUUAAUGACAAAUGUAUGCGUAAACAGUUUAAACAAAUUGUAAUAAUAAUAAUAAAUACAUACAUAUAUACACACAGAUAUACAUACAUUUGUAUAUAGUAACCAUGUAAUGUAAUAUAAUUAUAGAAAAAGUAAAUGUACUGCAAAAUGCAACAAAACUUGUAAUACUAAAUAAUAAUAAUAAUAAUGAGCAGUAACGGUAAAUAAAAUGUAGGGAAGGAAUUAUGCAAUUUAGUUAAAUAAUAUUUAACAAUUAAAUAUGGUAAUUAAAAAAAAUAAUAAUUAAAAAUACUAGCGGAAAAGUAAAUAAACAUUUAAUGCAGCAACAUUAAUUGAAUACAUAAUUAUUAUAUAAUACUAGUAUUUAUGCAACAUUAAAACCGAAACAAACUUAAAACAAAAAAGAGCGUAAAAUUAAUGCGAAAAACAUGAAUUUUAGGUUAAGUGCAACCGCAAACAAUUCACGUUCAGGAAAUGAAAAAUGAAUAGUUCUUUAAUUACAACAACAAUUGCAAUGUAUUAAAAAUGACAAUUUAUAAACAGCAAAUAGCAGUUACAAUAUUAAAAUAAAGAAAAUUUAAUUUAAAUUUAAAUAUUAUUACACUCGUGGUACAGUUGUUUCGAACGAAUGCAAAUGCAAAUGAAUAAACAAAUACAGUAACAACAACAAAUAAUGAUGGCAUUUAAUUAAUUUACAACAUACAAGUUAGCAACGUAAACAAACCUAAAACGAACGAAAAUUUACGAAUUGAAUAAUUGAAUUUUUAACAAAGCAGUCAAAGCUGAAAUAAAAUUAAAUGGAAUAUAAUAAAUAUACGUAAAUAAAAAGAACAUACUAGUGUAGAAAUAGGUGAAGUAGCGCGAAGGUAAAACAAAUGCAGUUAAUUUCCCGUUAAAUGCGUGCGAAUCCAACCAACGCACGAAUAAUUUAAGCCACACUUCGUUAGGAGCGGCGAUUCGAGCUUUCGCCCUCUCUCUCUUCAAAGUGUGCUUUAUGCCAGACUGGGGCACAACACUUCGGUUUUACAGGCAGCGGGCAAACGAUUUUAAUACAAAAAUGGUGCUUACGAAUUUGCUUUUUUUGUUUUUUUUUUU